AUGAGUCUAACAUCUAUGUUUGAUCGAAUUUGUUCAAGUAAUGUUGUUAUUGCUUCACAACAACGUAAUGAACCAGAUUUUACAUAUGAACAAAAACAUGAAAUUCUUAACCAUUUAUAUGAAACAAAUCCAGCUAAUUUUAUAUAUCGUUUUGGUUCAUUAUUAACUGAUGAUGAAAUAAAACAAAAUUUUGAUUCAAAUGCUGAUUACAUAUGUCAAAUAUUACAUUCAAAUCGUCAUAAACUACGUGCUAAUCGUCGUUAUACAUAUAUGCAACAAUUACUUGCUGAUGGUUCAUAUUUUAGUGAUGAAGCCAUGAAAGAACGAUCACCAUUACUAUAUGAACAAAUGAUUGAAAAAUAUAGGGGUGAUGAAACAAAUCAAUUAGUCACUAGAACAGCAAAUGGUCCAUUAGCUGAUUUUUAUAUGGAACAUCUUGAAGCAAUUAAUCAUCAAGAAAGAGUUGAAAAAGAAUAUGAAAAUGAAGAACAUUUACGUCAUGAUGAUGAUAAUGAUAGUGAAAGUGAUGAUGAAGAGGAUGAUGAUGAUGAAAAUGAUGAAGAAAAUGAAAAAAAAUAUUCAAGUACAGAAAGAAAUUUAUAUCGACAAGAAUUUCUUGCUAUUCAAAAAGAGAGAUUUCUUAAUGGUGAAGAUUCUAAUAUUGAUUAUACAUCAAUUGAUAAUAAUGAAAAUCUUGAUGAUAUUAAAAUACGUGAACGUGAUGAAGAAGAAAAAUAUUUUGAUGAUGAAGAUCCUUAUUCAUAUACGAAUGGAGAACAAUAA